UUAACAUUGGUGUGCGUUUUACAACCGGGCGACGCCAUAUGGUUGACUAUGCCGACGAGUGGGAACAAGUGCAUCUCGGAGGAAAUCCAGAACAACGUUGUUGUUUUGGCGGAUUACAUAGUCAUUUCCGACGAUCGUGUCCACCGUAAUCCCAUCAUUGCCGUUAAGGUUCAAUCACCAUAUGGGAAGGCCCUUCAUCGCAAGGACAAUGUGACACACGGUGAAUUUGCAUUUACAACUACAGAGGCUGGGAACUAUGUCGCAUGCUUCUGGAUUGAUAGCCAUAACGAAGGAGGUGGUGAAAUAAGUGUUAACAUCGACUGGAAGACGGGUAUUGCAGCAAAAGAUUGGGAGUCAGUUGCAAGAAAAGAGAAAAUUGAGGGUGUUGAACUUGAGUUGAGAAAGCUGGAAGGAGCAGUGGAAGCCAUCCAUGAAAAUCUUUUGUAUCUUAAGAGUAGAGAAGCUGAUAUGUGGAUUAUGAGUGAAGCGGCAAAUGCUUGGGUGGCAUGGUUCAGUAUCUUUGUCAUUGGGAUCUGCAUUCUGGUAUCAGUUGCACAGAUCUUGUACUUAGAGAGAUAUUUCCAAAAGAAGAAGCUGAUAUUAGUUGGGAGUCUGCAUUCUGGUAUCAGUUGCACAGAUCUUGUACUUAGAGAGAUAUUUCCAAAAGAAGAAGCUGAUAUUAGUGUUGUUUAA